AAAGAUUCUGAUUCCUCUUCAUUCUUGACCAAGGGAUUUUGAUUCUUUCUUGGACAUUCAAAAGCAUAAUGACCAAUCUCUUGACAAUGGAAGCAAUGGGUAUUCUUAGGAAUAGAUGGGCAGGUUUUUGGUGGGGGUAUGACCAUGGCAUUCGGUGGAGAGGCUAUGGUUUUGUGGGGGUUUUGAGUUGUGGAAGUGAAGGGCAGUUCAGGAAUUCUUUGUGGGCAUCCCAAUGCCAAAAGCUUUUGGUAGCACUCUUAUUACCCUGAUCCCUAAGCAAGAAGGCUCCAUUACCUUGGAUCAAUUUCGUCCCAUCUCCUUGUCAACCUUCUUUAGCAAAAUCAUUUCCAGGCUGUUAAGUGAGAGGCUCAAAAUAGUCAUUCCUAAACUAAUCUCCCAGGAACAAGCAGCAUUCCAGGUUGGUAAAAACAUUACUGAACAUGUUCUCAUGGUAAAAGAAAUGGUCCACAUUCUCUCAGCUAAAGGGAGGGGGGGAAACUGCAUCAUUAAGCUGGAUUUAUCAAAGGCUUUUGACAAACUCUCCUGGAAUUAUUUGGAUGCUGUGCUAACCAAAUUUGGUUUCGGCCCACCUGUUGUACAUCUUUUAAUGGGUAACCUUAGGGCAACUCACUUCUCUGUAUUGGUAAAUGGCCAGCCACAGGGUUUUUUCCCCAUGAAAUGUGGAGUUAAGCAGGGAGACCCCCUCUCCCCUCUUCUCUUCAUCAUUGCCUUGGAAGGUCUGUCAAGGUUCUUAAAUCAUCAAUUCUCCCGUGGAUAUAUUUCACCAUUCUCAGUUGGAAGAAACCCCACACCAUGCCAUCUUCUUUAUGCUGAUGACAUCAUCCUUUUCACCAAAGCAGACAGUAGGAAUCUAUUGAGACUUAGGGAACUUCUCUCCCUUUUCAUGAAGGCAUCAGGACAGGAAAUAAAUUACUCCAAAAGCCAAGUUAUAGUCCAUGAAAGAAUGAAGGCUGAGCAGCAAAACCAGAUCAGAAAAAUCAUGUCCAUCAGGUGUCACACAAAGGAAUUUACCUACCUUGGUUCUAAUAUUGUCAAGGGUAAACUGAGGAAAGUUCACUGCAAGGCAUUGGUUGAAAAAUUUGAGAAAAAAAUACUCCCUCCGUCCCCGUAAGAUGUUCUCAUUUUGACUUUUGGUGGUUUUUAAGGAGAGUUGAAAAAAGGUGAAAGUUUACCAUAAUACCCUUAAUGAAAUAUGGGUGGAGUG